AUGAAGUWUGGAAUUCUUCACAUCAUUAGCAAUAGCAUCGCUAGAAAUUCUGAAUCAAAGAGUACUAAGCAAAACAGAAAAAUGAUUACUACUUGUCAUCUGUACCAUCUGGAGGUUUACGCUAGAUUAGCAAUUUCUCGGUUCUUUUGGAUUUUUAGGGCUGCAACGUUUUCCUUUGCAAACAUUGCAAUAAAGCCUCCUGGUGAUCUUAGUUGGUCUCCUAUACCAACUGAAUUAUUGUACUUGAACAAGCCAGGGUCAAGGGAACUUCAUUUCAAUUUGAGCAAAAAUAUCACUCCUCACUUAAGUCUUGGAUCAAACUUGGUGAUAAAAGCUUUGUACAAGUUUUGCUGUGUAGGACUGCGAUGUCCAACCUGUCCUUUGACUCUCAAUCUUCACGUCCUCGAACAGAAAAUAUUGGUGAACAGUAGCUUACAGAUGGAUUGUAGGGAAUACUUUUUCAAUUACUCCAUUGAUGUUAUACAACAGCCAAAGAACUAUUCUGUAGAGGUAUUGUAUACUGUAAGAUGCUUCUUAAUAAGCACAUCAUGACUGACAGACUAGACCAGCUUCUCUUUGAGUCCUGUUAAAGUGGUUUUAUUGCAUGCGUCAAUU